AUGACUAACACUUCAAAAUUUUACUAAUUAUUAUUACUGAUGAGCUUUUUGAUGGUGUCAAUAAAAUCAUAGACAUUGGAUGAAUUAAAAAGUAAAAUGAUUAAUGAAUGGAAAAGUAUUGCUUUAGAAUUGGUGCCAUCUUAAUAAGGAGAAGAAGUAUUUCCCACAUAUGAAAGAAGAUAAUGGAAUUUUACAGAAAAUUCUGAGUUUUUAAUGAAAUUUGAACGCUUUAGUGAUAAAUCUGGUGCAAAUAGAAUCAUGACUUUUGAUGGAAGUGGAAUUGUAACAUUCUAAGGUGCAAGUAAUGUUAUUGAAGGAGCAUUCCUUUGCUAAUUUCAUAUGAAUAAAUCAUUAGUAUUAACACUUCAUACAGAUGAUCUUGUAAGUACAUUCAAUUCAUAUGAAAAAGGAAAUAUAGCUUGGGUUAAAGAUAAACCUUAAGAUAUAACUUUAUUAUCUGUUCCUGCUUUCAAUAAAUUAGCAGGUCAAUAUUUCAUUGGAUAUGAUAUCUUAUAUAUUAAAGAUAAUUAUCUUUAUAUGGGUGAUGUUGAUGCAUUAGGAAAUGAAGCAUCAAUAGAUUAACCAUCAAGAGGUUUAUGUGCACCAUUAAUUCCUUUCUCUGAUGAUACAACUCCAUUAACAUUAGAAGAACUUAAAUAAGAAAUUGUGAAAGGAGUUUGGAUUAGUAUAGCAAAAGAAGUUAGACCUGGAUUAGAUAGUUAGGGUUAAGUUACUACGACUUUCUAAACCAGACAGUUUACUUUUCCAACUGAUUCAUCUUUCAACUUAGUAGUAACCAGCUUCCCUGGACCAGGAUAAACAGAUGCAUUAACAGAAUUUGAAAUUGUUGGUAAACUUGAAUGGGAAGGUGAUGCUUCUGCAGUUGUUUCAGGAGCUCAAUUUGCAUAAUUUAUUGUCAAUGAAUUAUAUCUUACACCAAAAACUGAAUAAUUGGCAGCAUAAUUCAAUUAAAACUUACCUUAAGGCAUAGACCCAUUCAAAGUAAACUAAAAAACAAAUUUAACUUAAAAAGAUUUCCCAGCUUUUGGAUUAACAAAGGAUAGCUAAAUCAAAGAAAAUGAUUUAUUAUAUUAAAGAGAAAAUCGUUUAUUUUUAGGUGCAAGACCAGUUGAUGGAAGAAGACCAUUUCCAACUGAAAGGAGAACUUACAGUUUAAGUGAUGAUCUUAUAGAUCCAGAAAGAACUGGAUCAAAUCCUAUUAUCAUCUUUAUGAGCAUUCUUAUAUUCAGUAUUUGGAUUUGA